AUGGCUAAUAUUCAUGCAUCUUGGGGUUGCUGUUCGGCUAAAGCAAAUGAAGAAAGUUACAUAGUAUGCGACAUAUGUGUAAAACAAUAUCAUGCAGAAUGUCUUGGUAUGACGUCUGACUACAUACCUCAAGAAAACGAGAAGUGGAUCUGUCCCAUCUGCAAAAUGACUUGUGUAACAAACCACAAUAAUGACAGCACACCUGUCCGCUUCAACCCGAAUGUAACUGUACGUCCUACCAAGCGACAAGCGCUUCAAUCGCCCCCAAAUUCCUCCACAGAGGAAGCGGCAAUAACUAAAGAAGAUGUACGUGCGAUUAUUGAGGAAGUUUCACAACAGCAAAUGGAGGGUCUUGUGUCGCAAUUCCGGGCGCUUUUUUCCACUAUGCUCGAGACCCAAAUGAAACCAUUACGCGACCAGCUGACGGAUGUGAAAGAAUCAGUCACUUUCAUGAGUGGGCAAUAUGAUGAAAUAAUUAAGCAAAAUAAAAGAAAUCUCGAGAUCAUCACUGAUUUGCAGUCCGAGUGCGAUGGUAUGAAAUCCAAAAUAAGAGACUUGUCAACCCGUUUGAACAAUCAAGAGCAAAAUGCGCGUUCCUGUAACAUAGAAAUUCAGUGUGUCCCGGAAAAGAAGGAUGAAAAUCUUAUCACAAUAGUGACGAAACUAGGAAGCAUAAUAAAGUGUAACACUCCACCGGAAAGUAUAGUCCAAUGCACCAGAAUAGCAAAAAUUAAUCGGAACUCUCCUCGACCUCGGUCUAUAGUCGUUCAGUUCUGCAGUCCUAAAAAGCGCGACGAUUUCUUGGCUGCCGUCGUAAAUUACAACAAAUCUAAACCAAUUCAUGACAAGUUGAAUUCCACUGUUGUUGGACUGAAUGACCAGAAACUACCAAUAUUCGUGAUGGAGCAUCUUUCCCCAGCCAACAAGGCUUUGCAUGCUGCUGCGAGACUGGCGGCGAAAAAGAAAGGCUACAAACAUGUCUGGGUGCGCAACGGGAGAAUAUAUUUGAGGAAAACGGACAACUCGGACUAUAUACUGGUAAAGGAUAUGGACUCUAUUGAUAAUCUCAAGUGA